CAUAUUCUUUAUUUAGGUGGUCUUAAUAUGUUACACAAGAUGACCUAAUCAGAAACUGCCAACCUCAUUUAAUGACACUUGUUUGUGUAUUCUAAAAUGGCAGCUGUAUUUUAACCUAUUGAACACUCAAAAUGUUAGUAUUGUGAACAUUGUUAAACAUUGCCACUGAAAUUGGAAGAAAGAUGACAUGAUAUGUAAUGGUGCAAGUGUAAUGGUAUUAAUAUUGUAAUAUCUAAUAUAUAUACUUCGGCCUGGUUAGUUAUGAAAUGGGACCAAUAACUGUCUCAAUUGAGCCAAAGAACUUAAAUCUAACUCGAAAUAAUACAUAAAAUAAAGAGUCCUAAGAAAAAAAUCAUUGUCGGUUUUAUUUGCACCCUAUGGUUAUUAUGUUAUGCAUAUUAUGCACCAAGGCACGUCAAAAAUGCAUUUCCUUCUAACCAGCCUUUCUAUUGUCUUUACAUUAACAUGUUGAUGAUUGAACUUUGCCCUGAAAUUCGUCCUUUCCAGGACUGUUUCCUGGUUGGUUAAUAAUUAAUGCUGAUGGAUGAAUGAUUCUCUCUCUGCUGGAGGAGCGGUGCCUGUGGGAGACAAAGCGGUUCUCUAGCGCCACCCCCCCCACCACAGGCGUGUUGGUGUCCCCACUAUCCCCGAUGGUCACCGCUUUCACAAUCGGUUUAAAUAUCUAAAUCUGGGGUAACGUUCAACGCUGUGCGGUGCAGACAGAGAGGAGGACGCGUUUCGUCACGGUUGAGUAGUGGAAAGCUUUCCGGGGAACCAUGUCGUCUCUAUGGCAGACAUCCUCGUACUCCCCGAGUGGGGCUCUCCCCGAGAUAGACUCCAGCUCGGUCCGGCUUGGAGACCACCGGGCCCUGAACCCGGCCUGGCCCAAGCAGGAGCAGGACGAGCUGAGCAUCAUCAAGUGGGAGAACCUACACACGGGGGGGAACGGACCCGAUGUCGUGCAGGACAACACGCCCAGUAGCGCCAUGUCAUCGGGCUCUGCCACUGAGGGUCUCCCGCCCAGGGUCCUGAUGACCAUCACCAAGCUGCAGUGUCUGUUGGAGCGGAAGCAGGACCGCAUCGCUGCCCUGGAGCGGCAGGUGGAGGACCUGAUGCAGGACAGGAAGUUCCUGCGCAGCCAGAUCGAGAACCUCACCAGCAACCGCCCGUCGGCUGCCUACGCGCCGCCCAGCCAGCCCGCUGCCGCCGCCGCCACUGCCACCACCGCCGCCGCCGCUGAAGGUCCUAAACCGCCGCACGUGGAGGCCCGGUCCCGUAAGAGAGAGCGGGAGCGCGUGGCGUCCAGCGACUCCCUCAGCAACGACAGCGACUCGGAUGUGUCCAUCUCGACAGACGUUUCCAUGGCGACCAGCGAGCACCGCAGGAAGCGACGCAGCAAGGACAGGAAGAGAGGGAAGAGAGGGAAGGACUACAGCAGGAAGAGAGCCACGGGCAUCCAGUACGUCAUCCACCGCUACAAGCAGGUCCUCGCCGCCUACAACAAGAAGAAGAACAUGACCAAGGCCUUCCGCCACUACGGCAUCGACCGCAACACCAUCGCCAACACGGCGUCCAUCGCAGAGCUCCACCUGGCCUGCAAGGACACCGCCGCCCUGGUGGGCACCUUCCGCCACGGCGAGGAGACUCUGGUGAACUACGCCCAGCGCUGCGCCCUCUGUAUCGACUGUGACGCGGACCUGUCGAGGAGGAUAGACCUGAUGAAGACCAAUGGAGAGCUGCUGCCCAUCUCGGUGAAGAGGGGCCGCGGGGUGCAGCCUCACUUCCAGCCACUGGGGGGCGACAUCGAGAGCAUUGUGCUGAGUUAAGGAACGACGGUAGCAGGAAAUACAAGCGGCCGUCUGUCUGUCGCUCUGAUGUGCAGGAUCAUUUUCGGGCUACCUCGGUCACACAGAGACCCACGGCAAAGCUAGGCUGGCUUUCCAACGCUGACUUAUCGUUCUAUUUUUGGAAGAAACACUGUGAUGUGUAGCCUAUUUGUUAAUUCUUCCCCGGGUUCUAAAGGUCGUGUUUAUGUAAUAACGCUACCAUAGCCUUGUUUUUAAGUAAUAUUAUCCUUGAAAUGGACACUUCCAAUUGAUUAUAUAUGUUUUUUAAUAUACUUUAUUUAAUUAACAAUCACUACUGGUAUCUUUGUAUGGUAUUUCCAUUACUGGAGUUUAUGUGCAUAGCCGUACAGACUGUUUUGGUAGCAGCUGAGAACUAUUUUAAGUUUGUGCAGAGUAGCAAAUAGACGCAACAUACAUGAGGUCAGAAAAUAGCUUCCAAUGUUCUACCUAUUUUUCUCACAUAUUUUGAAUGCUUUUAUUAUGUAAAGGAGGUGGAAAUCUACUAAAGCAUAUGCUGUAUAGGCCUAUGCACACUAACUUUGUUAAAGACUAACGAUUUUCAGUAGGUCACAAAUGAAUGGGUCCUUUUAAAUAGCCAGGUUUUUCUGCAUGUCUGCAAGACCCUCAAUGUAAUAUAGCCUAAAAGUUUUAUCCCAGAUAUUUUGAAUGUUUAAACAGGUGUGGAAGUGCUAUGAUGAAGAUUUCCACACGAUGGCAGUGCUGACCUAUACAAACCCAUUUAAAGUCAAAUAGUGAACUUUUCGUUUUGAUUUACAAUUUAACAUCCCCUUUGUCGUUAUUUGCACCAUACAUUUUCUACAA